CAGAAACGCCCUGCAUCCUCUCCUCACCUCGGACAACAUCCAUCCAUCCAUCCACCCAUCCGCCGGGUCUUCUCUGCUCCUCUAGCCGCGGAGGAGCCACUCUGAGCGGGCAGGGAGACGAACCAAACCUCGCUGCUGGGGUGUGGGGGUAAAAAAAAAUGGCCUUUUAAACAGCUGAGAAUAAACCAGAAGAGACAUGGAUCCUUUUUCCUUCCUCCACCACCUCCUUCUCCUCCUCCUCGCUUCCUCCAGCUGCUUCCCCGCCUCUGCUGACAGGAGAUUCGGCUGCCUGUUCGAGAGCGAGCUGUGUUCACCGUACGAGAUCUGCGUCAACGAUGGCAUGUUUGGGAGGUGUCACUCUGUUCCGGUGAAGGAGGUUUACACCUACGACGUCUCCCCGUCUGUGGUGCAACGCUUCAGGACGCUGCUGGAGAAGCUCUCUAACAGAGGCUUGACCUGGGAAGAUGACACCACUCAGCAGGUUCUGUCCAAGGAGUUAUCCAAACUGAGGAGGACUCCCUACAGGCCACAGCAGAGUGGACCCGUCUACAGCUCAGACAGCAGGCCGGCAGCUGAAGCCAUGGACCCGGUAGACCAGAGGGUGAAGCCAGUGGAGGUGGAGCUCAACAGAAACCUGCAGACGUACCUCCAACGUCUCGGCCUCCUUCCUAAGACGUCGUCUGCCCCGAGCAAGAGUGACCGUUUCCAGCCAGGCGUCCCUGCAGACUUCUAUCGCUCCAAGGCGCAGACUUCAGCUCAGAGGUCGUCUCCCUCCGGCUUUUCUUCUCUUUCUUCCUUCCUGCCAGCGCAGAAGCAGAGACCUCCAGCCGACCAGCUCCUCACCACGCAGGCUGAGCGUGACCUUCUCCUGGGCGCCCUGAGGCAGUAUCUCUCCGGGCAUCUAUCCCUGUAUCGCGGGGGGAUGAACCCCGACGAGCAGGAGGCCCCGUCGUCCCGCCUGAGGCCCUUCUACAGCAACGGAAUAGAAAACCCUGGGCUCAAGAAAGAAACGUCCAAAUCCAGACUUCUGAAGAUGGGAAGAACUCAGGGGGCUUCAGUCAAGGACCCACUGACGUCUGUGGACGAGAAGUUCAUCGAGAAAGUUUUGAAGAACGUCGGCAGGCAACACGUGGACGUUGAUAACCUGACGCCGCAAGACUUGGACCAACUGUCCCGCCUGAUAGCUGAUGCUCUGCAGGUGGUCGACCAGAAACAGGGACUGAACAGAGGCCUGAGCAGAGUUAGACCUGGUCCAAGAGACCUGGAGGGAGAGAUGAACAACAUGGAGGAUGAAGAGGAGGAGAAGGAGGAGGCUGCUGCCAGAGACGAGGAAGAGGAGAAGUUGCUUGAGAACGCUCCAACAGUGAAACCACAGGAGAUCACUCCCGCAGUGCCGGCAGCACUUCAAGAGCGCCACACGGAUACAGAAGAGCACAGUGUGAAGGACAAGCCGGGGACUGAAAACCUGUUCACCAAACUUCUCGCCUACCUGGACAAAACUUCCUUCGCCUCCUCUCCUUCAACGAGAAACCUGAACGAUCUCUCCGUGGAGACGCCCCGAGGUCAACAGGUGGGUCUGGAAAACGUCCAGAGUCGGACCAGCGAGGCAGGGGUGACGGUGCAGAAGAAGGAUGCCACCCAGUCCGUGGAGGAGGUGUCAGAGGUGCAGGGCUGGAUCAAGGAGGUAGCUCCGCCUCCCGCCUCGCUCGUGUACGACGAGCCGCACAAGAAGACGAUGCACGUCCCCGAACUUCAGCUGGACGUCAAAGCCGGCAGGAAGAAGGCGGACGACGACGUCUUUGGCUACGUCAUCACCGACACAGAUGGGCUCCAGACAGACGAAGGCCUCCAGCUGAUGGAGAUCCUGGCACGCAGGGCUAAAAUCCAGAUGACCGACUUCGCCGAGCUCUCGGUGGUGGGCCCGGCUGUGACCUUCAAAGUGAGCCCAAACUCUCAGAACGUCAGCACCGCAGAUGUGGCCAACGUGGCUGUUAAGCAGAAAGAAGCUGUGGAGAAGGAAGCUAAGGUCAGCAUCCUGGAGGCCGGAGUCACAGAUGGAAGCCAGAUCAACCAGAUCCCCACCAAGUACAGCCAGGCGGAGUCCACCAAGUUCCUGGUCCUCACCGUGGUGUCCAUCCUGUGCAUCGUCGGCGUGCUGCUCGCCUCCACCGUGGUCUACUGCCUGCGCCACCGCUCCCACCACAAGCUCAAGGAGAAGCUCACCAACCUGGGGACGGACGCCACCAGCGAUGCUACCGCCACCUAUCAGGAGCUCUGCCGGCAGCGCAUGGCGGUCAAACCUCCGACUGAGCGCCAAGAGCCGAUCUCCUCCAGGAUCAACAGUGUGUCGUCUCAGUUCAGCGAUGGCGGUCCAGCCGUCAGCCCCUCAGCACGGAGCAGCAUCUCCUCCUGGAGCGAAGAGCCCGCCCACUCCAACAUGGACAUCUCUACCGGUCACAUGAUACUGUCCUACAUGGAGGAUCACCUGAAGAACAAGGACCGCCUGGAGAAGGAGUGGGAGGCGCUGUGCGCCUAUCAGGCAGAGCCCAACGCCUGCACCGCCGGCAUGAAGGACGGCAACGCCAAGAAGAACCGCUCCACUGCCGUCGUGGCAUAUGAUCACUCCCGAAUCACCUUGAAGGUGGAGAACAGCCAAGGCAACUCCGAUUACAUCAAUGCCAGCCCGAUCAUGGAUCACGAUCCCAGGAACCCGGCCUACAUUGCCACUCAAGGCCCCCUGCCCUCCACUGUGGCUGAUUUCUGGCAGAUGGUCUGGGAGAACGGCUGCGUGGUGAUUGUAAUGCUGACGCCUCUUGUCGAGAGCGGGGUGAAGCAGUGCUACCACUACUGGCCCGAUGAGGGAUCCAACCUGUAUCACAUCUACGAGGUGAACCUGGUCUCCGAACACAUCUGGUGCGACGAUUUUCUGGUUCGUAGCUUCUACCUGAAGAACAUGCAGACCAACGAGACGAGAACCGUCACUCAGUUCCACUUCCUGACCUGGCUCAACCAGAACGUCCCGGAGACCAGCAGGACGCUCCUCGACUUCCGCAGGAAAGUUAACAAGUGCUACCGGGGACGCUCGUGUCCUAUCAUAGUCCACUGCAGUGAUGGUGCAGGAAGAAGUGGGACCUACAUCCUGGUUGACAUGGUCCUCAACAAGAUGGCUAAAGGUGCCAAGGAGAUUGAUAUUGCAGCAACUCUGGAGCACCUGCGGGACCAGAGGCCGGGAAUGGUUCAGACCAAGGACCAGUUUGAGUUCGCGUUGACGGCCGUUGCGGAGGAGGUGAACGCCAUUCUGAAAGCUCUUCCACAAUAGGAAGGAGCACCUGAUGGUCUCUUCCUUCUCCCACCUCCCAUCUAUUUGCCUCCCUGUUUGCAUGCCCUCCUUUCUCCUCUCGUUCACCCCUUCCGUCUCAUCCUUUCUCAUUUCCCAGUUGUUCCAGUCUCCCUUUUAUCCAGCCUCCAAUCCUGUCCUACCUUUACCUGCCUUAUCCUUUUUACUCCCUAUUGUCUCUUCCUAACUGUCCUACUUUCACUAAUCUUCUCUCUUCCUUUCCGCUCCCUUUGUUCCCUCGUUCUCACCUUUUUUGUCUCUCACGUCUCCUCUUUACCUCCUCUUCCUUCCACUCGUGGCCCCCGUCAUCUCCUCUUCUCCUUCCAUCUUAGUAGACAUUGUGCCAGUCGAGCUAAUCCUGUACAAAGAUAGACCUUCCUUCUAUUGUAAUGAUCCAUGCAGCCUGUUUUCCAAAGUGACAUUUAAACACAUUUUGAUUGGUUGAUAAAAAAAAAAUGCUUCUCUAUGUUCAGUAUAUUUAUCAUAGUUUCUGUUUCUAGAGAAGGGUUGUUGACCUCAUGGGCGUCAGUUCGCGGUGGAAUGAUGAGCCGGUCUUCAUCACAGUGUGGUCGAUCUUAAAAGUUCUGGUGAUCCGACCAAAAUCACGCCAGUCAAAGUCAAAAUUAGGGUUUUAUUUUGUGUUUUAUAUCAAAAGAAAUGAAUACCAAUUUGCAGACAUCAGCUUGGACUGUGGAAAAUUGCAGUGGGACUUUUUCACAACAACUUUAUUGAUUAAACAGAAACUGAUGAUUUUAAUUUCCCCAAAUAAUGUCGAAUAUUUGCCCUUUAUCAUUUCACUGUAUUGACGCCCGUGAUUGGUCUUUGUUCUGGAGUGUGUGUACGAUCUCGGUCAUCAUGUGUGUAUCACAAAAUUGUGUUUGUGUCUGACUUUUAGUGCCAUGCUUUCCGAUGUUAUGUUUUUAAUGCAGUACGCUAGAGUGUCACUGUAACUCAUCAGACGCCUAGUGUUGAUCAGUGAGACGAAAUACUCCAAAAAAAAAUUUUUUUAUUUCAUUUCAGUUAUUUUUCUUAACAGUAAGUGAUAAAAAUAGGCUGUCGUAUCCAGAAAUUUGCAAUUUUCCAUUUAUUUUAAGAAAUAUAUAUUAAAAAAAACGAUGCUGGUACCGGAUGUGAGGUGAAAUAUCAUGAAUAUAUUUUUUCCAGUGUGUAAUUUUCAUCAUCCUAGUAGAAGCAAUAUUGUGUUUCUUCAAAACCUGAAUCGUUAUCUCUUGUGGACAACCAAUAUUGUGGCUUGUCAGUGAAGUUACACUCAUGUCUGCCUUAAUAAAAAAAACAAAAAAAAACACACAGUAGAUGGUCUGGUAAAUGUGUCCAGCCACCUGGAAACAAGGCUAGUGCGCAACGCUUCAUUUUGAAAUGGCCUUAUUCCAGCGGAUUAACCUGUGGAUUAAAGGUUUGCUGUGCUGCUACUUAAUGAAAAUCCCUCCGAUAAUCACUGAAGAACGUGCCGUCUUUAAUAAUCUCAGGGCAGGAAGUCACCUUCUGUCCGAAAGUUUGUCUUUGAACGCUGGAACGAGGCCAUUAUAAAGUCGAGCGUUUCUGACUUAGUACUUUUAUGAUGAAAGAGGACAGUCUUGCUUCUCAAUAGCAGUUCUUCUAUGUAGCAUUGAUGGAUGAUUUGUACGUGUAUAGUAGCUGAACCUGUAUUGCAUUGAAAAAUAGCUGGUUUUCCCCAAAAGCAUCUUGAUUUGGUUGUAGUCAAUGAAAGGAGCAUGUUGUAGCCCAUUUAUCACAAACUACUUUUGACUUUACAUCGCCGCUAACCAAAUCAUGUCACUGUGUUUUGCGUUUUUGCAACCGUUGAUUUCCGUUCAUUGCUGUCCAGGAUAAAAGUCUAUGAGUGGAGUAUUUAUUGUUACAAGAUAAUACAGAGUGACCUCUCCACAAAAAUACGUCACCUUCUACCAAAUUAUAUGUAGCAAGUUUCUGGCAAUUGAUUAUGAUAUUGUGUGGAAGUUAAUGGAAGCCAAUGGCUGCCGUGGAAGCAGACAAAUAUUUAAAAAGUUGUCAGCAGUAAUUAGACUUGCUUUGAUUUAAGGGGGAGAAACACCAGUAUGGUCAUGCUGUGUUGGCAUGAACAGUUUGUACCCAUUGAUGCAUUUUUGUACUUGGAUUAUUUCAGUUACGUUAUUCAUGAAUUGCUUAAAGUUCAUUGGACCGUUAAGAUAACCUGUCGAAUACGAGCAUCAACCCAGAAAUCAUUUUGCUUUUCUUGGCUUUCCAAACACGAGGAACCCUCAGGGGGGUUUUGGGGCAAAGAGAUGUUUUUGUCCAGAGAAAUUCUACUUCUCAUAAAAACACUGAUUUUUUUUGUUGACUGGGUUUCCGUUUGCUUGGGGUGAACACAUCCAUUAUCUAAAGAUGACUUUGGGAAAACCAGCUCAUAGUUUGUGUAAAAAUCGACUUAAUUUCACUACUUUCAAUUGGCUGACAGAUUCUAUCCAUCAAGUCCUAGUUUAGUUUGUCCAAUCUUAUUUGAAUCACCAACAAUGUGACUCGCAUACACUAUGGCAUGGCUUUAUUCAGCGAAUCAGUGUGCUGUACGUUCCCGUGGCCUCAUGACGAGCUUAGCAAAAAACUCUUCAAGCAAACAAAACGAACGCUGGUUUAUCUCGUCACUUCAUUUCAGAAUAAAAAGUGCAAAAGCCAAGGAUUAUCAUUUCCAAAGAGUGCAGAUCAUGGUUAAAGCCAGUUAAAAAGGUGGUGCAGUAUCAAGCUGAUGCAACACUGCAGCAAGCUGGUGUCAUGUUGUUCGAAUCAACUCCAUUUUUCAUCACAAAACUCAAACACGCUGCAAAGAAAUGCUCCUUGUAACAGCUUCUUCAAUGCACAAUGAAUCCUAAGUCAUCUGCCUCUUUGAAGAUCAUGUAUGUUAUAAAAAUGUGAAAAUAUGUGAAACUGCAUUGAAAGAAUUGAAAUUAUCUGAUUCAACUGGACAUU